AUAGGCGAUGUACACUUAAUAUUACAAAAAUAUUGUAUCUGGUUACCAAGUUUAUUCAAAUUUUGAAGAAAUAAGUAUUUAAGCUAAAUUUUUAUGAUACUAAAAUACUGUAUGACGUAUUAAAAAAUAAAAUAAUUUCUUUAACUUUUGGAAUCUGAACAUAUUGUUGAUUAUAUAUAAUAUCUAAAAUGUAACCAUGAUAUUUAUUCAAUAUUCUCUUUGUUGAAAAAUUGUAUUGUAGGUCCAUCUUGUACAUGUCAAAAACAAUUUAUGCAACAAUACAAAGGGAACAAGAAAAAUGAAUCUCCUCUACAGCGGCCAUUGGAGAACAUAAAUGAAAUGUUAAACUGGAUUAAAAAGAAGAAACGUCGUUUGUUUGAAGAAAUCUAUACAAACCAAGCAUCUAUUAGUGAUUUAAAAUCAGUGAACAGUAAAAGUGAUACAAUCAGAGACCUAUCAAAAGAAAGUAUUAACUAUGUAGGACUUCCAAAUUCAUUUUAUAAUAGUACACUAAAAGUGUUAGAGGAAUAUGUGAGGGAUAAAAAACAAAAAAAGAGUAAAUCAAACAAUAACAAUUGGAUUAAUAUAGAAUUAAUGAGAUACAUUUGUAAUUUAUUAAAAAUGUCGCCUAGCGAAGUAGAUAACCUUUCAGUGUCAUCAAACUCUGGUAUUCAAUUAGAACAAAGUAUUUUGGAAAUAUCCAAAGCUAAUUUAGAGUAUCACAAAGACAUUUUAAAUUAUAUAUCAAAGUGCUUGGAUACUAAUCUAAGCGACAUUAGUCAAGACCAGGCUCUAAGUUCGCCUCAAUACAUCGGUUUGUUAGAUAAGCUGUAUAAGCUUGCUGAUUAUUACACAGAGAAGGCACAAGAAAUGCGGAACAUUUGCUUGGAGUCUCCCAGAGUCGAGAUUAAUAGUUUGGAUGAAGAUUCUCUCGAACAAAUUACAGAUAACAAUCCUAGAGAUUGUAAAACAUCCGGUAGUUUAACUUCAGAGUUGUCUGUUGAUGGAGCAUAUGUUUUGGAACAUUUAAGUACACUAUUGGAACAAAGAGGGUUAAUUUGUACUGAUAGAGAAUGGCCUAUUUUUGGAAAAGAUGAUGAUGAUGGCAGAAGCUUAACGGAUCAGCUUCUGGAUAUUAAGCCACACAUUAAAUCCAAAGACAUUAAAGUAGAACGUUCUGAAAAAGGAUUUCUCUCGUUGAUUUUUUUCCUAAGUAGCCACCUAUCAAUAAGAAGUUCCAGGAACUAUAAAAAUAAUUUGUUAACCAUUCAUUGUUUUGUAUUUCAACGUCCAAAUAGAAAAUGUCUUAAUACAAUGAAAUACAUGUUAUUGGGAUUUAUGUAUCUGAUACAAUAGAAUAAAAAAUAAAUAAAAA